AUGAUUUCAUGUACAUGGGUGGAGGCGAUUCCCACCCGAACCGAUGAUGCUAAUGUGGUUCUUUCUUUUGUUCGAAAUAACAUUAUUUGCCGCUUUGGAUCAGCACGAACAAUCGUGAGUGAUCAAGGCUCAUAUUUUUGCAACAAAAGAAUGAUAAGGUUAAUGAAGAAGUAUGGCAUCAUCUAUAAAGUGGCCACGGCAUACCACCCACAAACGAAUGGCCAAGCCGAGGUCUCCAAUCGGGAAAUAAAGUGCAUAUUGAAAAAUGUUGUGAAGCCUCACAAGAAAUAUUGGAUUUCUAAGCUCGUUGCUGCGCUUUGGGCCUACCAGACGGCCUAUAAGAUGCCAAUUGGUAUGAGGCCGUUUCGGUUGGUCUAUUGGAAGGCUUGCCAUCUACCGGCGAAGAUAGAGCAUAAAGUAUAUUGGGCCGUAAAAGAAUGCAACACUGGAUUUGGGGUUGGAUUCGAAAGGAAGUUAUAG